CAUUAACAGCUCACAGUAGUAACAGCCUGUUAUCCGGUAACCGGACUGAGAAACACGCGCGGCUUUCUUAAAUUAGAAAAUGAAACCCAAGAUGGAUUUGUUGGCUGAGUCUGCGUGGAAACAGCUACAGCAAUACUUCGACAAUAAUGGCUCGAAAAUUAAUAUGUACGAUAUGUUCCAGCGGGAUCCUAAACGUUUCGAAAAAUUUAGUCUGGAGAUCUCUACUUCACAAGAUGGGCCAAUUUUAUUGGAUUAUUCCAAGAAUAAAAUUAAUGAAGAAAUAUUUGGAUUAUUAUUUAAUCUGGCUCGCGUACGGGAAAUAGAAGUUGCAAGAAGUGCCAUGUUUAAUGGUGAAAAGAUCAAUUUCACAGAGAAUAGAGCAGUUCUGCAUAUUGCUUUGCGUAAUAGAAGUAAUACAUCCAUAUUAGUAGAUGGAAAAGAUAUAAUGCCUGAUGUCAAUGCAGUAUUAGAACAUAUGAAAAACUUUACAAAUGAGGUAUUGACGAAACAAUGGAAAGGAUUCACUGGUAAACCUAUUGAAGAUGUUGUCAAUAUCGGAAUUGGUGGCUCUGAUCUUGGUCCACUUAUGGUGACUGAAGCUUUAAAAGCAUAUAGCAUUGGACCUAAAGUUCACUUUGUUAGCAAUAUAGAUGGUACUCAUAUAGCUGAAACUCUUAAAAAGUUAAAUCCAGAAACAACUUUAUUCAUAAUAGCUUCCAAGACAUUUACUACACAGGAAACGAUAACGAAUGCAACUACUGCCAAACUGUGGCUUUUAAAAACAUUAAAAGAUGAAGCUGCAGUAGCUUGCCAUUUUGUAGCAUUAUCUACUAAUGAACAAAAGGUUAAAGAAUUUGGCAUUAAUGUGAAAAAUAUGUUUGGUUUCUGGGAUUGGGUUGGUGGACGUUACUCAUUGUGGUCAGCUAUUGGCUUAUCAAUCUGUUUGUCAAUUGGUUUUGAUAAUUUUGAAAAACUUUUAUGUGGUGCUCACUUUAUGGAUCAACACUUUUGCACAGCGCCAUUAGAGCAAAAUGCUCCUGUUAUAUUAGCUUUACUUGGCAUAUGGUAUCAUAACUUUUAUAAGGCUGAAACACAUGUAUUAUUACCAUAUGACCAAUAUCUACACAGAUUUGCAGCUUACUUUCAGCAAGGCGAUAUGGAAAGUAACGGAAAAUAUAUUACUCGUUCUGGAAAACCCGUAAAUUAUUCCACUGGACCAAUUGUAUGGGGAGAACCUGGCACUAAUGGACAACAUGCAUUCUAUCAGUUAUUGCACCAAGGUACAAGACUUGUACCAGCAGAUUUUAUAAUUCCUGUUCAAUCUCAAAAUCAGAUUGCUCCACAUCACACGAUUUUACUUGCCAACUUCUUUGCACAAACUGAAGCUUUAAUGAAAGGCAAGAAUGAAAAUGAAGCUCGAGCCGAAUUGCAAAAAUCAGGAUUGAAUGCUGAACAAAUAGAUCCAUUAUUACCACAUAAAUUGUUUGAAGGAAACAGACCGACAAACAGCAUUGUAGUAAAAAAACUGACACCUUUUAUUCUUGGCGCUUUGAUCGCAAUGUAUGAACAUAAAAUCUUUGUGCAAGGUAUUAUUUGGGACAUCAAUUCAUAUGAUCAAUGGGGCGUGGAGUUGGGGAAACAGCUAGCUAAAGCCAUUGAACCAGAACUGGUUAGUGCAGAAAAUGUCACAACACAUGAUUCAUCGACUAAUGGUUUGAUAGCAUUUGCUAAACGCCACAGAGUCUAAAUAUACUUAUUUAGUUAUAUUCUUUGUUACAAGACGUUUAAAAUAGAGAUAGCCGAAUAUGAAUAACUAUAUUCCAAGUUGUGUUAUCAGAAUUUAUGUAUAUACUUG